AUGGAUACUGCAUUCUCCAGAAAUAAGCUUCUUAUUCAAAAUUCACAGGUUGGCAUUGGAACAAGGGAAACGACAGACAAUCUCAAAAUUAAUAUUCAUAGGAUGUUUUACAAUGGAACUGAUCAAGAAUCACGAGUUUACUAUGUGACCAUUGAGGAUAAUUAUGACAUCAUUAAGAGGGCACACAUUGCAACAGGGCAUGGUGGAUGUGAUAGUAUGAAGUGCAGUCUUGGGGCAAGCGAAUUCACCUCCCGUGGCCAAGUUGACCAUGUGGAUAUGCAGUCAUUGCCUCAGGCUCGGUUCAAGUAGAUCAUGGUCUACCUGUGCCACCUCACCAAGUCUGUCAUACUUCGAUCACUUACAUCAAAGAGAGCUGCUGAAGUUGCCUUUGAACUGCUUGGCAUAUUCCUUCUGUUUGGAGCUCCUGCCGUACUGCAAAGUGACAAUGGUUCUGAAUUCACAAUUAAAGUCAUGUCAGAGUUGAAAGAACUUUGGCCACAACUCACUAUGGUCCAUGGGAAACCAAGACAUCCACAAAGCCAGGGUUCAGUAGAACGAGCCAGUGGUGACAUCAAGGACAUGUUGCAUGCGUGGAUGACAGAAAACAAGACACAGGAUUGGUCUGUUGGCCUUCGUUUUGUCCAACACCAAACGAACUCUGCUCACCAUCCCGGUAUUAAGGGCACUCCAUUCACAGCAUUGUUUGGUACUAAUCUUAGGGUGGGUCUGGCAUCAUCACGACUUCCUCUAGAAGCCCUUGAAAGAUUACAGUCAGAAGAUGACUUGUUUGCUCUCUUUGCUAGCCCUUCAGAAGAUGAAGUUCUUGCUCAUGGUUCCCAGCCUCCACCAACUUCUGCAGCACCAGCUUCCACCUCUCAGCCUACCUGCUCACGACCCCCAACCUUCACCUCUUACAAAACGCCAGAGAGAGAUAACAGAACAGAGGAAGAGGGCCAGGGAGGCACAACUCUCCCAGGCUGGACGCAUGCAGAGAAGAAUGGGAUUCUGAAGAGCAAGGACUCCCACAGUCACUUUGAUAUUUGUCAUCAGAGACUUCUUUCUCUGUCUGAUGUCAACCGAGAAGACCUGGUUUCCCUACGACAGGCUCUGAAGAAAUCAACUACUGGUGGACAAGGAUUUGUCAAAUGUGAUUGUGCUGCAAAUAAAAAGUCCUCUACGCUCAAGGAAACCUCCCGGAAGCCCCAAGGAGGUUUACGUCCGACGGGAAGCGAGGGUUCCUCCAACCGCCGAGCGCGUGCAUUACCUUGA